AUGCAGUCCCAAGAGGCCUCUUCUUUGCUAGCCCUGAUUUCUGGUAUCAGUGACAGUGAGCUGGGAGAAGCAGUAGCUAAAGAACUCGAUAACCAACCCCUUGCGUUAGCAAGUGCUGCCACCUAUGUGAAGCAACUUCGACAGAGCAAACGUUUUUCAGAGUUUGGUUGGAACGACUUUCUGAAAAAAGUAGAAAAAGGGCAACGUGAUGCGACAGAGACUCUACUUGCAGAGAUCAACCCUUGUUACAAGAAAUCAAUGACAACAGCAAUAACACUAGCCGUUAGAGAAGCGAUGGAAUCAGACAGAAUCAUAGAUCAUGCCUUAACUUUUCUCUCCCUCUGCGCGUCACAGCCUUUGAAUGAGGAUAUCGUGGUGAACUAUAUCGUAAACGUUGUGGAAGGAAUAAAAGAUAAAGAGAUGAUAAUUAUGAAACUCCAAAGAUGUUCGCUACUUUUGUCACAUGAAGAUGAGUUUGGUGUCCACAUCCGCAUACAUCAGGUUGUACACGAUGUCGUUACGUCGUUGAUUCAGGGUUAUCUGGAAAGUCGUCACGUGAAAAAUUUGAAUAGCGCUGUGGCGGCGUUUAACCAGUUCAUAGAUAUCAACUUACCAAAUGAAACGUCAGGCUCAAUUUUGAAAAGCUACGCCCUUUCCCUACAUUUAAGAUGUUUCAUUCUUAAUUUUGACAAUGUACUUUCAGAGGUUGCCCUUUCCCGAAUCGUCCAACCUAAAAUGGAGAAGCUAGGCGAGAUUUGUUUUGACCAUUGUCAUUUUCAGGCCGCAAAGAAAUGUGACGAAUUUUUAUUACAAGCCGCUCUCAAAAAGUUUGGAACUGAGUACACCAAUGUUGCAUAUUACUACAAUAGGUUGGGUCAGGUUAACAGAAAGGAACUGGGUGACUUUGAGAAGGCCAAGGAGUAUUACGAACUGGCUCUGAGCAUUCAGUUGAAAAAGCUUGGACCUGAGCAUGAACUGGGUGACUUUGAGAAGGCAAAGGAGUAUCACGAACUUGCUCUGAGCAGUAAUUUGAAAACGCUGGGACCUGAGCAUGUAGAAGUGGCAAGUAGUUACAGUAACCUGGGUUCUGUUCACAAGAAACUGGGUGACUUUGAGAAGGCCAAGGAGAACUGGGUGACUUUGAGAAGGCUAAGGAGUAUCACNUUGAAAAAGCUUGGACCUGAGCAUGUAAGAGUGGCAAGUAGUUACAGUAAACUGGGUUCUGUUCACGAGGAACUGGGUGACUUUGAGAAGGCCAAGGAGUAUUACGAACUGGCUCUGAGCAUUCAGUUGAAAAAGCUUGGACCUGAGCAUGUAAGAGUGGCAAGUAGUUACAGUAAACUGGGUUCUGUUCACGAGGAACUGGGUGACUUUGAGAAGGCCAAGGAGUAUUACGAACUGGCUCUGAGCAUUCAGUUGAAAAAGCUUGGACCUGAGCAUGUAAGAGUGGCAAGUAGUUACAGUAAACUGGGUUCUGUUCACGAGGAACUGGGUGACUUUGAGAAGGCCAAGGAGUAUCACGAACUUGCUCUCAGCAUUAAAGAGAAAAAGCUGGGACCUGAGCAUGUAAGAGUGGCAAGUAGUUACAGUAAACUGGGUUCUGUUCACGAGGAACUGGGUGACUUUGAGAAGGCCAAGGAGUAUCACGAACUUGCUCUCAGCAUUAAAGAGAAAAAGCUGGGACCUGAGCAUCUUGGACCUGAGCAUGUAAGAGUGGCAGCUAGUUACAGUAAGCUGGGUUCUGUUCACAAUGAACUGGGUGACUUUGAGAAGGCCAAGGAGUAUCACGAACUUGCUCUGAGCAUUGCUUUGAAAGAGCUUGGACCUGAGCAUGUAUCCGUGGCAACUUGUUACAAUAACCUGGGUUCUAUUCACGAGGAACUGGGUGACUUUGAGAAGGCUAAGGAGUAUCACGAACUUGCUCUGAGCAUUGCUUAG